AUGUUCGGGUUUUGGCAUUUUCUCAAGAGGACACUUGUGUGCAAAUCACACCCAAAACAAGUUGAUGAUGCAGAGGCAAGUAGGCACCAAAACAGUAAUCAUAGAACAAAGUCAGAUAAGCUUAAGCGUUCAAAUAUCAUAGGUUUCAUCAGGGGGAGCAACAGGCACUUAAAAAUUGUACCACAAUGUUUCACUCCAAAACACGAAGUGGGCAUUGACAUCAGUGAUCCCAUAACCCCUGAAAUUGUUCAUGAUAGCCCAAACAGUGACAUUAGAGUUCGUCGAUGUUUUUCUUGUCAUCGAAGGAAUAGCGGCAGUGAAGGUUCAGAAGAUCCUCAUACAAGGCUGAUAGUUCAGAUGGAAUCUGAUGGUUCUUCAAUAUUGAUUUGUCAUAAAUGUGGUGAGAAACUAAAAGAACUUGAUGCUGUUGAAGCACACCAUAUCUCUGAGCAUUCAGUCACUGAGAUUCAAGAAGAUUCUAGGCAGAUUAUUGAAAAAAUAUGUGGAAUAAGCUCGGUUAAUCCUGAAAACAUGUUGGGGCAGAUUGAUUGUAUCUUAAAAGUCCAGGGCAUGCCAAAAACCCUUGCUUGCUUUGAGGAAUAUAGAGAAAUGGUUAAGAUUAAGGCUGACAAGCUACAGAAGAAGCACCCGCGUUGCCUAGCUGAUGGAAAUGAGCUUUUAAGGUUCCAUGGCAUAACUGUUGCAUGCCCUCUUGGAACAAAUAGUUCUUAUAGCCUUUGCACUUUAGAAUACUGUGGUAUAUGUCAAAUCUUGAGACAUGGCUUCUCCACCAACAAGGAAUCCCAAGGUGCAUUAGGGGUCUACACCACUUCCACAUGUGGUAAAGCCUUUGAUUCCAUUAGGCCAUCUGAGGAGAGACCAGUUCCAAGAAAGUCUGUUGUAGUGUGUAGAGCAAUAGCUGGGAGAAUUUAUAGUCCUCUCGAAGAAAUUCAAGGAAAUGUUGAUUCAGGAUUUGAUUCAUUGGCAGAAAAAAAAAGUGGUCAUUCAGAUGCAGAUAUUGAGGAACUCUACCUACUAAAUCCCAAAGCUCUGCUUCCUUGCUUUGUGGUAAUAUUCAAAUAA